UGUCUCGGCAGGGGGCCGGCGGAUUAAUGUUUCCCUGAUGAGAAUUCAUCAUCCGUGCAGAGGCUCCGUGACCGUGACUUUGAUGAUGAUGAUGCCGAGUAAGAGCGUGGAGUGGCUGCAGGAGGAGCUGGAGUCCGGGACCGGCGGCUCCUUGCUGCUGCUGGACUGCAGAGCCCAUGAGCUGUACGAGUCUUCGCACAUCGAGUCGGCCAUCAACCUGGCCAUCCCGGGCCUCAUGCUGCGGAGGCUGAAAAAGGGCAACCUCCCCAUCCGCUCCAUCAUUCCCAACAACGAGGAUAAGGAGAAAUUUGUCAAGCGGUGCAAAACAGACGUGGUGGUCCUGUACGACGAGGCGGGCUCCGAGCGGCAGGAGUCCGGGCUGGGGAGCUCCGUGUUGGGGCUCCUGCUGCAGAAGCUGCGGGACGACGGGGGCAAGGCUUUCUUUCUGGAGGGGGGCUUCAACAAGUUUCAGUCCGAGUACCCGGAGCACUGUGAGACCAACCUGGAUUGCUCCUGUCCCAGCAGCUCGCCACCAGCCUCAGUUUUAGGCCUGGGAGGACUUCGCAUCAGCUCUGACUGCUCGGACGGGGAAUCGGACCGCGAGCCAGGCAGCGCCACCGAGUCAGAGGGCAGCCCCCUCCCAAACAACCAGCCAGCAUUCCCUGUCCAGAUCCUGCCGUACCUCUACCUAGGAUGUGCCAAAGACUCCGCUAACCUAGACAUGCUCAGCCAGUACAAUAUCAAGUACAUUCUCAACGUGACGCCCAACCUGCCCAACAUGUUUGAACACGAGGGCGAUUUCAAGUACAAACAGAUUCCGAUUUCUGAUCACUGGAGCCAGAACCUUUCACAGUUUUUCCCCGAGGCCAUUUCAUUUAUUGAUGAGGCGCGCUCCAAAAAAUGCGGCAUCCUCGUCCACUGCCUGGCGGGAAUAAGCCGCUCGGUGACCGUGACGGUGGCCUACCUGAUGCAGAAGCUCAACCUGUCGCUCAACGACGCCUACGACUUUGUCAAGAGGAAAAAGUCGAACAUUUCUCCCAAUUUCAACUUCAUGGGCCAGCUCCUGGACUUUGAGCGAACUCUUGGCCUGAACAGCCCCUGCGACAACCACGCCACCUCGCCGACGCACGACCAGCUCUUCUUCACCACCCCCACCAACCACAACGUGUUUCAGCUGGACACACUGGAGUCCACAUGAAAUUCCGCACGGGGGGGAGGCGUUCCUGUUUUUUCUCAAAACUUGGGAGGUUACAGUUUUGUUGUUACCGUGGUAACAAGCAGCUGUACUGGAGUCAGCUUUACGCCGCCAGUUUUAAUGAAUGUUUCAGCCUCCUGAGGCUCGGUGUCUGAGAGUCUGAGUCGCAGAGCAGUGUUGGAGGAACAGGAAGAGGUUACGCGGGCCGAGGGUAAAGGGGAAGCAAAAGUUAAUAUCUCAUUAAUACUACAUGGAGCAACUGACCGGUUUGCAAUGGGUUUUUCUUAACUCAGAGAAGACUGAAUUCUGAGGAAGAGCCGCAAGAUCUCGCAUUUAAGAGAACAAAACAAGAAAGGAGACUUAUCUGAACCUGAGAAACGGUUGAGAGCUUCACGCAAAGACCGGAACAGAGAGAUGUAUAGAGCCCUUCUUUUUUGAGACCAGAGGUUUUUUCCUCUGUCUCUCGCUCUCUCUCUCUCUCUCUCUCUGUCUCAGCCCCUGAGCUGACUUGACUGGUGCCAAGUGGAGAACCUGAGAUUUCCUCGUAGAAAAUCUCGCUCUGCUGAAUGUAGAGUUUUUUUUUUUGGGAGAAAAACAAAAACGAAACAAGGAAUCAACAUACACGUGUGUAUGUACGUUUGCACUGUAUGUAUGUUGACAUACAUAAAGACACGUAUCGUCGUUCCUUAACAAGUGUGUCCAUAUGCAUUUUUGUAUAUUUUGUGUACUCGUGCACAAAUCUAUACCUUACAUAAAUAUUCACAGAUAGAAACUUUAUCUUUGCCCAAAAACACGAGUUAUCCAGUCCAAGGAUAGCUCAAGAGAUUGUAAAAGUUUAUCAGACGGAGAAUGGACGUGGCGAAACCAACAGAGGAACACGGUUGUGAAAUUUCUUUGUCUUUUUUUUUUUCAUUUUUUUUUUUUCUUUUUAAGUUCUGUUUGUCAGUUCGCAGCUCGUAAUGACCUAAUGCGGUUUGCACAGUGGUGUGGCCAUUUACUUGUUGGCACUUGGAGCCAGUGCUGAAAGCAGGCAGAUAAAGAGACAUUGACUAAAGAGGAGAGGAGGCCAGUCCCAGCCUGCGACAAGUCCAGACAGCUGCCCUGCAUGUCAGGGAGGGAGUAGGAGCUCAGAUCUGGACUGGAAACCAGGUUUAGAGUAAAGUGCAGGCCAAGAUAGACAGCGGCGAAGACUAGGCACAAGCUUUAGAGUUAAACGGUGGUUUGGUACGGGUCAAGGUGCUUCAGGCUUUAAUGCUGACGCCCUGCUUUAUUGCGCAACUUCCCAGUUUUUUUUUCUUCUCCCUUUUAAUCUCUGUUCAUCGGUUGACUCAUUUUUUAAAAAGUUUUUUUUUUUGUAUCGUUUGUAAUAAUCCUUUCAGCCGCAAUACACUCUAAGUCGUUGGUUAAAAAAAGUACAGUUGCCUAAAUCUACUGGGCAAUAUUUCACACCUGUCUUAUUUGAAUGUUUCGCCAAAUUUUACCCUGAGGCGGAGUCUUUAAUCAGAGGUGAAAGUUGGUGUUUUUCAGACGGAGUCAACCUCUCUGAGCAAAUUUUUCGGCAGCUUAUUAUGGCAACUUCGGGCAAAAAAAAAAAAAAAAAGUGCCUCAUCACUCUUGCAUAACUUACUGCAAGGUUUUCUUACCCGAAGGGGAACCCCGUUUGAGGUUCUGGGUCACAGCAGGUCCCAGACAGAUGCCAAAAAGAGACCGUGACAGGGGUGUUAUGGUUGCAAUCCGGGUGUCCGUGUAAAGCUUUGGUAAUCUGCUGUGGAUUGGACCGACCUCAGCUACAGACUGCACUUCUAUUUAUUAGCUGAACCCCCUGAUAAUUGUAUCUGAGAAAACAAUGUAAUUAGAAGAAGAAAAAAAAAAAAAGAACCGAUUCAAACCAACACCGUAGAGGACAGAUCUCCGUUUUGUUGUUUACCUGCGCAUGCUGUGGUACUGUUUUCACUCUUAUUGUUGACACAACCACAGGUUGAACGUUGCUUUUAACCAAAACUGGAAAAUGAAUGGUGAGGACUGUUGUUUGUUUUUUUAACUGCCGCGAGAGACGGGCAGCAUUCGGCGUGUGGUCAGGGAGUGUUCUCAGAACCCGUCCACAUUCAUAGCACUUCAACGAAAGGCAAUUAGCUUAUUUAAAAAAAAAAAAAGAGUUUUAUAAUCAAGGUUGAAAACAUUACUUUGGUCCAUCUGCUGCUCAAAUUUUGUAACGUAGGACUUUUUCGGUGCAAAAGACCCUGGCAGCAGAUGGAGGACAAGCUGUAGGCACACUUGGGCUCAUGUAAGAACCUUUUCAUAAAAAAAAUCCAGUCGUUUCAGCCAUAAUAUUUUUGUACAUAUUACAGAAGGGUUUGACUUUAAAAUCCCUUUCGAACUGCACAAAAAUGCCAAGGAUGACAUUAUUACAUCUACGUUGACGAAGAAAUCCCACUACAAGGAAUCAUCUUUUUUUUUCUUCUUUAUAUACAAAUUCACAAAAGCUUAGACAGAGGUCCCCACUGAGGACCUUGUUGAAAACUCCUAGACCAAAACGGCAGGAAGUAGUGCGACCCAGAAUCAUAACCUAUGGUCAUCUACACUGCCACUGUACAUGUGAUAUGUACGAGUUAAAGCCAAGGUAAAACAGUGUUUUAUUUUUAGCUCUGUGAGCAGCAUACAUACACUGAGGCAGCUGGGAAAUUUCCUACCCCCUCCCAAAAAAACUCAUUAUAAUAGUCCUAGAGUCAUGCAUUAUUCUAUUAUAAUUCAGGAAACAUCAAACUCAUUUGUCAAACAUGUUUCUCCAUCCGUGGAGAAGUCAGACUGUUAAUGACUUGUACGACAAGUCGACAUCAUUCACUCGCCGGUUUGAUUUGCAUCGAAGAAGAAGAAAAAAAAUGAUGAAAAGUUACAGUGGCCAAAAAAAAGAAAAACUUUUUUUCUUUUUUUUUUUUUUUUUUUAAGAUUCUGCAUGUGGCCCAGUGUUAUAUCCCAGACUACAGUGACGUUGUUUGAACAAAGAAAUGUGGACGGGGUCGAAGCAGAAACAGAACACUGGGUUUAAGAGGGGAAACAAGUGUUGGAUCUGAACAGGGUUGGUUUGUACUGGCCUUAUAUAAUCUUUCUAACUUCUCUCUCAUGCUGACUGUUCCAAUACUCUUUGUACGUCACUUUAAAAAAACGUGUAAAAAUGUGUAAAAGUUCCUUGGUGUUUGAAUCAGAACACAGUUGUGACAGAGGCUGAGCUGUCAUUUUUACCAGCACGGGUCAGAUGAGGUUCUCUUGGUUACUCUGCAAUACAUGAAAGAAGAAGACGACGAAAAGAAAAAGAAAAAGAAAAAAAAAACACCUCUCUUUGCAGUAUUUUGUAGAUUCAAGACCUCAGCGUUUUUAAAGUUGUCUUUUGUAUUAUGUACAAAGAAAUGUCGCAUUUCAAAGUUCCAUUUCACCUGUGGUGUCAAACAUGUACAGCCCGUGAGCCUAGUAUUAACCUGGGAAAAAAAACAACAACACAUACAAUACACACACGCACGCACAGACACUAGUUUUUGUGUUUUGUGAACUCUUUAAAUUGAGAUAAUACAUUCCCUUCUCUUUACUGUUGCAAAUCUAUGCCUAAUCUUAAUCUCAAUCUCAAUCCUAACCCUAACUCUUAUCUCACUUUAAAUCUAAUCCUAACUCCCAAAAAAAGACGUGCGGACCUGCAAAGUCCUCACAAUGUUGGAAAAAAUAAAUGGCAUAGCGAGCCCAAAACACAAGCACACACACACACACAUACACACUGACAGGCUUCACACAGACCAAGUUGUGAUUUAAACGUCUCACAGUUCACCAAAUGGACUUAAAUAAUACCAAGGUCUUUUUUUUUUUCCUGUCUUUUUGACAUAAUGUGCUCUAUGCUAUUCCUGUGGCCUUUUAAUAUGAAUAUGAAUAUAUAAAUAAUAUAUAAGUAUAUAUAUAUAUAUAUGUAAUGAAUUUAUAUGCAAAGUCGCUCUGUUAUUAUAACAUCAGAGAUAAAAAUAAUUCUACCAUGCUUGAAUAGACGUUUCUCUGUCUGAAGUACUGUCCCACUUACAAUAAGAAAAGCACUGGGGACGUGAUCACUCGCAGCCCCGGGAUUGAAAUACUUUUCAGAACAGAGCUUUUCUAUUAUAAAAAAAAGAGAGAAGAAGAAGAAGAAAAAAAAGGAACAGUCGAUUUCCAGCUGCUUGAGCUUUUGUGUCUUUGUAAUAACGAAAAAGAGGAACUCAACUCUUUUUCACUACUACUUUAAUUCUUUGCCAGAUUAAUGGGAACAUCAGUUUCCGUGUCCUUAAACUUGUAGCUACAUCUUUGGUAAGAAUGUGCUGGAGGAGUGAAGACAUAAUUGAGGAGAGCAGAUGGAGAGGAGAAGGGGGCGGCGGAGGGGACGGCGGCGGCGUUUAACACAAAUAAAAGAAAGAAAACCUGAAUGAAAUUUAAGAAAAGAAAAAAAGUUUUACCUCAGUGAGGGAUUUUUCAGGGAUUUUUUGACAAUGCAUCUUGUAUUGUUUAACAGCUUCAAACACAUGUUUGUUGUAUAGCUGUUUUGUAUUGUGCUGUAAACAUUUUCUUUAAAAAAAAAAAAAGAAAAAGAAAGGAAAAAAAAAAA